AUGGCUCCCCAUGGCGAUGAGAACGCGAAGGAGCGGGUCGUGAUCAACGUUGGAGGAUUCUGCCACCAGACGUACCGCAACACCCUCCGCACGCUGCCCGGCACCCGGCUGGCCUUGCUGGCCGAGCCCGACGCUCCGGAACACUUCGACUACGAUGCCGAGUCCCGCGAGUUCUUCUUCGACCGCCACCCGGGCGUCUUUGCGCAUAUCCUCAACUACUACCGCACCGGGAGGCUGCACUGCCCGGCCGAUGUGUGCGGGCCGCUGUAUGAGGACGAGCUGGCAUUCUGGGGCAUCGACGAGACGGACGUGGAGCCGUGCUGCUGGAUGACCUACCGCCAGCACCGCGAGGCUGAGGAGGCGCUGGACAGCUUCGGCGGGGGGCCCGGGCCGGAGGACGAGGAGGGAGACGGGGUGCCGGAGGGGGGGGAGGACGACCUGGAGAAAGCCAAGAGGCUUGCACUGGGGGGCUCCCCCGCCGGGAAGGGGGAGACGUGGGGACACUGGCAGAAGCGGAUGUGGGCACUUUUUGAGGACCCUUACUCGUCUAAAUAUGCAAAGAGGGUGGCCCUCUCCUCUCUGUUCUUCAUCCUGAUCUCCAUCACCACCUUCUGCCUGGAGACCCACGAGGCCUUCAACCCCGUCCGCAACGUCACCACGGUGGACCCGGUGGACAACGUGACGCGGACCUCCCUGGAGCCGGAGACGGUGGUGUACCUCACCUACAUCGAGGGCGUGUGCGUGCUCUGGUUCACCUUCGAGUUCCUGAUGCGCGUCAUCUUCUGCCCCAGCAAGCUGGACUUCAUCCGGAACACGCUGAACAUCAUCGACUUCGUGGCCAUCCUGCCCUUCUACCUGGAGCUGGCCCUGAGCGGCCUGUCCUCCAAGGCCGCCAAGGACGUGCUGAGCUUCCUGCGCGUGGUGCGCUUCGUCCGCAUCCUGCGCAUCUUCAAGCUAACGCGCCACUUUGUGGGGCUGCGCGUGCUCGGCCACACGCUGCAUGCCAGCACCAACGAGUUCCUGCUGCUCAUCAUCUUCAUGGCGCUGGGCGUGCUGAUCUUCGCCACCAUGAUCUAUUACGCCGAGCGCCUGGGCACCGACCCCAAUGACCCCGACGCCCCCGAAUCACACUUCAAGAACAUCCCCAUCGGCUUCUGGUGGGCAGUGGUCACCAUGACCACGCUGGGCUAUGGGGACAUGUACCCCCAGACCUGGUCGGGCAUGCUGGUGGGGGCUCUGUGCGCGCUGGCCGGGGUGCUCACCAUCGCCAUGCCCGUGCCCGUCAUCGUCAACAACUUCGGGAUGUACUACUCGCUGGCCAUGGCCAAGCAGAAGCUGCCCAAGAAGAAGAACAAACACAUCCCGCGGGCCCUCCAGCCCGGCUCCCCCGACUACUGCCACUCGGGCCGGACCUCGCCCCACGGCAGCCUGCGCAGCGAGCUGGCCGGGCCCCUGGAGGCGGACCCCCCCGACAUCCCCACCCCAGACCUGAAGCUCAACGGGGAGACGUCGAAGGCGGCCCUGGCCCACGAAGACUGCCCCGACAUCGACCAGGCCAUGUCCACGGAGGAGGGCGCCGUCUUCAGCCCCGCCCAGGAACACGCCGACCACCCCUGCUUCCUGCUGCUACCGGCUAGUCCCGCCUCCUCUGGGGGCAGGGCAAAGAGAGGCUCUAAGCGGCGGGGGCGGACCAAACGGGAGAAGCAGUCGGUGUGUGUGAUGAACCAGGGCGUGCCCACCACCCUCUGUCGCGGCCACACCCUGCCCUCCCCCCCUCCCAAAGCGCCGUAG